AUGGCGCCGCCUACACGUCUCCCUGCAGACUUUGAAUGGGGAUUUGCUACAGCCGCAUAUCAGAUAGAAGGCGCGGUUGAUGAGGACGGCCGCGGCAAAUCCAUCUGGGAUACCUUCUGCCAUCUGGAGCCUACCCGGACCAAGGGGGCAAGCGGAGACAUCGCGUGCGAUCACUAUCACCGUUAUGAGGAAGACCUCGAUCUGCUCUCGCGGUAUGGCGGCAAGGCGUACCGGUUCUCUAUCUCUUGGUCGAGAAUUAUUCCGCUGGGUGGACGAGAUGAUCCUGUCAAUGAAGCCGGAAUUGCAUUCUACGACAGGCUCAUCGAUGCCUUGCUCGCAAGAGGCAUUGUGCCGUGGGUGACUCUCUAUCACUGGGACUUGCCACAGAAGCUCCAUGAUAGAUAUGGAGGGUGGCUAGAUGUGGAGGAAUCACAGCUCGACUUCGAGAGAUUUGCGAAGAUCUGCUAUGAGCGGUUCGGUGAUCGCGUCAAGAAUUGGAUUACCCUGAAUGAGCCGUGGAUUGUGUCCAUUUAUGGAUAUGCGACUGGAGGCAAUGCACCCGGUCGGAGCAGCAUCAACCCACAAUCUCCAGAAGGCAAUACUGCCACUGAACCCUGGACCGUGGGGAAAGCCUUGAUUAUGAGCCAUGCCCGUGCUGUUGCUUUGUACAACAGGAAGUUCCGAAGCGCUCAAAAAGGUCAAAUUGGUAUCUCUUUGAAUGGCGACUUCUAUGAGCCAUGGGAUAAUGAGGAUGAGCGCGACAAAAUGGCUGCUGAGCGUCGAAUGGAAUUCCACAUUGGAUGGUUUGCCAACCCAGUUUGUCUGGCACAAGACUAUCCAGUCUGCAUGCGAGAGCAACUUGGUGAUCGCCUCCCAGCAUUCACUGAGGCCGACUUUACUCUGCUUCGAGAAGCUGAAAUGGACUUCUAUGGAAUGAACUACUAUACCUCCCAGUUUGCUCGCCAUAGCGACGAACCGGCAUCAGAAACCGAUUUCGUGGGAAAUCUCAUCGAGUCGCAAGAGAAUAAGCAGGGCGUUUCCGUUGGCGAGCCUAGUGGUGUUCAUUGGCUUCGUUCAACUCCGGGCCUUUUCCGGAAGCACCUUACUCGGGUGUAUCGGAAGUAUGGCUUGCCAAUCUAUGUCACUGAGAACGGAUGCCCUUGCCCUGGAGAAGAUAAGAUGACUCGUGACGAAGCCGUGGAAGACACGUACCGGAUUCGAUAUUUCCAAGACCACCUUGACGCGGUUGCAUUGUCUCGAACAGAAGACGGAUCUGACAUCAAGGGCUAUUUUGCAUGGUCGUUGAUGGACAAUCUUGAAUGGUCCGAUGGCUACGGGGUCAGGUUUGGUGUGACUUUUACCGACUACAACACGCUCGAAAGAACACCCAAGAAAUCUGCCCUUCUGUUGAAGAGCAUGUUUGAGGAUCGAAUGAAGCAAAGUGUGUCCCCCGAAUCUCAACUGUCCUCUGAAGGUCCUAGAGCGCACAUGUAA